CUUACGCAAACCUAUGCUAUGGUGUACGUAAGACUUGUUUUCUUUGCUUUGAUAGCAACCCUAUGGGAGGUAUCGGAAUGCAGGUACGUACUGCGCCGCGUCACGCCCUGCGGUGGCUGCGGUCUGCAGCCGCGCGUCGUACCUCGCGUCGUCUGCUCCACAAGAUACGAGCGGGCACUGGAGGACAUCAUCUCUAAACUGAUACAGGCUUUAGUAGUCACCAAUGUUGAGAGUGGAGGGUCUGGAGGUGCUAGCGGGGGCGGUAGUGGAGCUGGCGGAUCUGGUGGCGGGUCGGGUGGCGGGUCUGGUGGGACCGGUGGUGGUAGUGAAGGAAAUGGUGGAUCUGGCUCUCCGUUGGAAUCGCUAUUAGAUCUUGAGCUAGAUGCGAUCGGACGGAGGCUGCUAGACUUGGAAGUGCUGCCUGAGAGCAUUCGCGGAACUGGCAGCGGAUCUGGUAGCGGAUCUGGUAGCGGAUCUGGCGGUACCGGCGGUGGCAGCGAAGGAAACGGUGGAUCUGGCUCUCCUUUAGGAUCGCUAUUAGGAGUCGAUGUAGAAGCGAUCGGACGUUCGCUGCUGGACUUGCAAGUACUGCCUGACAGCAUUGUCGGCUAAUGUAAUGUUACGUUAAAA